AUGCAGUACGUGCGGAGCUUGGGGAGUGGUGUCUCCAAAACAUGGAAUUCCAUCAAUCCAGCCACCCUGUCGGGGGCGAUUGAUGUCAUUGUCGUCGAACAAGAAGAUGGCAGUCUUGCUUGUUCGCCCUUCCACGUCCGGUUCGGAAAGUUCUCGCUCCUUCGCCCAUCCGACAAAAAAGUGGACUUCAGAGUCAAUGGCGUCAAGCAGAACUAUGCUAUGAAACUGGGCGACGGUGGCGAAGCCUUCUUUGUCUUUGAGACCUCCAACGACAUUCCCGAAGCGUUGCAGACAUCCCCCCUCGUCUCACCCGCCAACAGUCCACCGAUUUCCGCCACCGAUAGACCACCAUCUCCUGGUCUUACUGAGCCGUCGUACCUCGACAUCACCGGAACCGGAAAAGGGAACAUCGGCCUCGAUCAAGCAUCCGCAACGCGUCCCCUCCCACUCAUUAGACGCGAAGGGACAAACUACAGUGAAAGUGGCGUUUACAGCUCGUUCCCAGGCUCUCGGCCCGAGCUAGGAAGCAGCGCUUUAUCGGACACGAUACUGGCUGCACGUAAUCUGGAGCGGUCCGCGUCGGAAGAGGUUCUACCCGUCACCACGCGUGAGCAACUGGAGUCGGAGAGCGAACCGUUCAACCACAAUGGUAUGCCCAUCCCGUCCAGGUCGAAUACAGAUACGAUAAGCGCACCCAAAUCCUCGGCCAGUCCUCCCGCGUUAAAUGCCAAGGAUGCCUAUGAUCGAGCCAUGACUCUGUCCAAAAAGCUGUCCUCCUCCAACAUCCGGUCGCAAGUCACCGAAUCCGGCGAUCUCAUGCUCGACAUGACAGGCUAUAAAUCCAGCGAGGAGGAGGCCCUCCGCGCCGAAGCCGUGGCGCGCAAAUUACUCUCCGAGGAACUCGAGACCAACUACGACAUUGGCUCUCUGAUCGGGACGGACGAACAGGGCAAUCUAUGGAUUUACAACAGCGAAGAAGCGCGUGAAGCCGCCAGCCGCAAAGCUGUCAAUCAGACGCUGGAGACGGCCAGUGCAGUGGCGCCAGACAGCGCGUCCGACCCGGGCUACCACAGCGACAGUGACCGCAGCAUCUCUACAGAGCUCGCGGGCAAACAACCUCCGCUCGAACGACGUCAAAGGGCGCAAUCCGAAGAACUGCCUCCGGCGCCGCGCAUGUCUGGCGAGCAGAAUCGAAAUUUCGCCAAAACCCUCCGCCUCACCAGUGAUCAGCUCAAGGCGCUGGGUCUGAAACCCGGCGAGAACCAAAUGUCCUUCACCGUCAACCGUGCCACGUGUACCGCGUACAUGUUCUACUGGACGUAUGACGUGCCGAUCGUGAUUUCCGACAUCGACGGCACCAUCACCAAAUCCGACGCCCUGGGUCAACUGCUCAAUAUGGUGGGCCGUGACUGGACGCACACCGGAGUGGCCAAGUUGUACACCGACAUUGUCUCCAACGGCUACAACAUCAUGUACCUGACGAGUCGGUCCGUCGGGCUGGCAGACAACACGCGCGCCUACCUGAACGGAAUCAAUCAAGAUGGAUGGAAGCUGCCUCGUGGUCCGGUCAUUCUCAGUCCCGACCGCACCAUUGCGGCUUUGCGGCGGGAGAUAUAUCUGCGGAAACCGGAGGUUUUCAAGAUGGCUUGUUUGCGCGACAUUCUCAGUCUCUUCCCGGGCAAGACGAAUCCGUUCUAUGCCGGCUUCGGCAACCGUUUCACCGACGCUCUGAGCUACCGGAGCGUCAAUAUCCCGUCUAGUCGCAUUUUCACCAUCAACACCAACGCCGAAGUCUCGCUGGAUUUGCUGACGCUCAACAAAUAUCGGAGUAGCUACGUGUCGAUGCGAGAGGUCGUGGACCAUUUCUUCCCUCCCGUGUCGACAUUGGUGAAGGAAGGCGGCGAAGAGUACACGGACUUCGCAUACUGGCGAGACACGCCGGGUGAUCUGGAGAACUUUGCACCUACUGACUCCGAAGAGGAAGAUGGGGAGGAUGAAGAUGACGACGACGAACCUGAAGUCGAGUCUGGAAACGACAUGGGCGAUAGCUUUGUUUCACGAGAUAGCAUGGAUGAAUCCGCUGUGAGAGACUCGAUCCGGGAGUCGAUCGAGGUCGACGAAGCUGCCGAGAUCUUACAGGGGACUCGGGUCAUGGUCGACGAGGAGGAUGACGAUGACAAUGACACGGAACAGGAUGAAGCUGAAGUGCAAGAUUUCGAGCUGGAGCAUGGGCCGGAGCCGGAGCAUGAUCUGGCGGACGAUUACCUUGGCGAGAACGAGAAGAUGGCCAAGCGCAAAGCAGCAUCACAGACAACCACGACAAGACGAUAA